AUGUUGGCUUUGAAAGAACAAAUGGUUUCCAUAAUGGAUGCCAUGUUGGGAAUGAAACAACUAAUGGAGAGUAACGCGGCCACCGCCGUCGUUGUUAGUUCGGCUGCCGAAGCAGACUUGACUCACCCAACUGUUGCACACCACCCUAUUCCAAACAUGGUGGGACGAGAGAGAAGCACACCGGGGCACAUCAGCAACCCCAUCCGGGGUACAACUGAGGAAUAUACCCCUACGGUUUACCACAUAAUUACACACCACCAGUCAUACAUGACGAUGCGGGUCACGUUCCUCCCCUCACCCUCGAAGGGGAGCCUCCUCGACAUCCUGACGAGGUCCACGAGGAUCAUCGAGAACAUGCUGAGGGAAACGUCGACUCCUACUCCCUGUUUCCCGCCGAGGGGCCGGCGCCCAACGCACUACCUCAACCCAACAUCACGGGAGAACCUCGAAACCACCCAACGCAUUCGCACCUGGAAGGAUCUGAUUACCGCCUUCCUUAGACAGUAUCAAUACAACUCUGACAUGGCUCCCGACCAGACUCAGUUGCAAAACAUGAUUAAACGGGAAAACGAGUCCUUUAAAGAAUACGCUCAGCGUUGGAGGGACCUGGCAGCCUUCGCGGACUUGGUCUCCGUCGGAGAAAGGAUCGAGGUGGGUUUGAAGAGGAGAAAGUUUGAUUAUGUCUCCCCGAUAGGUGCCAGCAGUAGGAGGACCAGAAUAGCUGGGGCAAAGAAGAAAGAGGGAGAUGCACAUAGCGUCACUUCAACACUUGCGUGGCCUAAUCCACCGCAAACCCCCCACGGUACCCACCAAUAUGCACAACAUCACCCAAGUUUUUUGGCUCGCGCCGAGGCCUUUUCCGAUACAGCACUCACCCAACCAAGGGUGCCCACACCCCCACAGGGGAGAGCUCUUCAGGCUCCGACUUCGACUCGGCCUCACUCGGUCAACAACGCUCACUUUGGCGCAAACACGGCGAGGAACUUUUCACCAAGGAAGGCACAAAUUUUCGCCCCGAUCCCAAUGACAUAUGGGGAACUCUUGCCAUCUCUCAUCGCCAACCAAUUGGUCGUGGUGGUCCCGAGAAAGAUCUUCCAGUCUCCAUUCCCAAAAUGGUAUAACCCUAGUGCAACCUUCGCAUACCAUGGGGGGACCCCAGGCCACUCGAUCGAACAGUGCUUGGCCUUGAAAAGCAAGGUCCAAAGCUUGAUAGAAGCCGGAUGGUUUACUUUUCAAGAGGAUGGGCCUAACAUAAAAACAAACCCGCUUGCCAAUCAUGGAGGAGGGGCGGUUAAUGCCAUCGAGGUGAGUAGGUCACAUAGGCCCAAGCUUUUGAAGGACGUAACGACCCCCAGAAGGUUUAUCUACAAAGCCUUGCAAAAGGCGGGCAUGAUUCCCUACGGUGGGCGCAGAGAAGAUUCUUGCUUAAUGCAUCUGGGUGUACUCCAUGACAUGGAAACAUGUUUGGCAGGACACGACUCCCCAAAGACCUCAACACCCAUCAGCAGUGUCGGCGGUAGAUCUAUUCUAUUUCCUUACAAGAACAACCGCGCAGUUCCGUGGAGGUAUGCCCCUCCGGGCGUUAGGAAGGGAGAAGCUACCGAUAUCAGCUCACUAUCGGCCAAAGUGACCAACAUCACCGGGCUAAGCGGCAUAACCCGCAGCGCUCGCGUGUUCGCAGCCCCUAGCCUGCUGAUACAGCCCGCAAUCACUAAAGGGAAAGCAAGGAUGACCGAAGGACAAAAUGUCAAAGUGAUCCCCGCACCGGACGAGGAUGUUUCGACGAAGGAUCUUUAUAAGGGAAGAGAGGGCUGUGGCAAGAAAGAGGUAUCACUCGAGGAGGCCGACGAGUUCCUCCGCAUUAUCCAACAAAGUGAGUUCAAAGUCAUUGAACAACUCAACAAGACCCCAACUAUAGUCUCCCUUCUGGAGCUGCUCAUGAGCUCUGAGCCUCACUAA